GUAACUUGCAUUUAGUCGCUCAGUUACAGUUUGAACGUGUACAAAGUAAAGUGUAAAUAAGGACUCUUCAGUUGAGUUAAAAAUGGGUUUAUUUUUUUUAUAUAACUCCAUUAUGGAGAAAAGUGACAAACGGCUUGCCGAUUGGCCUCUUAUGUCCUCUCCUCUGUCCACUAUUACCAUUUGCCUAGCCUAUGUUUAUUUUGUGAAACACUUGGGACCCAAAUUAAUGAAAAACCGUCCACCCUUUCAACUUCGCAGCCUUAUGAUUGCUUAUAACUUUGUUAUGGUUAUAAUCAGUGCCCUUUUAGUUUACUUUUACGGAAUCUCCGGAUGGUUAACAAACUACAGUUAUAAGUGUCAACCAGUUGAUUAUUCAACUUCACCGGAUGCCCUAUUGAUGGCAAAAACAUCAUAUUUUUAUUUUAUUGUUAAAUUUGUUGAAUUCUUUGAUACCCUGUUCUUUGUGUUACGUAAAAAGUAUGACCAUAUAACGACACUUCACGUAAUCCAUCAUGGAAUCAUGCCCUUCAGUGUCUGGUGGGGAGUUAAAUUUGUCCCAGGUGGACAUGCAACUUUCUUUUCUUUCCUUAAUAGUUUUAUUCACAUCAUUAUGUAUACAUAUUAUGGACUUUCAGCCAUUGGACCUCAUAUGAACAAAUAUCUUUCAUGGAAAAAAUAUUUGACAGCCAUGCAAAUGGUCCAAUUUUUAUUAAUUUUCACACACUCGUUUCAAUUAAUGUUCCGUGAGUGCAAUUUCCCUAAAGCCUUUAUGGUCUGGAUUGGCUGCCAUGGUAUACUUUUCUGGUUUUUAUUCAGCGAUUUCUACAAGAAAACAUACAACAAGAAAGAUGGUAGAUCAUUGUCCUCUUCCUCACCUAACCUUUCAAAUGGAGCCGUUAAAAUUUCAAAUGAUCAAAUUGAAAAAUUAAAACAUGCAAUCGAGAAACGGCUUAAUUGAUUACAUUAAGAGAGAUCCACUUAAGUGUGAACUCCCCUCAGGAGAUGUACAAAUCUCACUUUCUCUCUCCUCCUUCUCCUUCUCCUCUCUUACUCAAUCUUUUUCCAAUCUUCUCUCUCUUCUCUCGCUCACUUUCUAUCCCAACUAUCCGGAAGUUUUCCUUUUCAAUUAUCCGGAAAUCUGACCUCCUGUACUGCUGACCCGUAUUUAAAAUGGAGAGUUAAAUGGAUUUAAAAUGAAAUAUUGAUGAUUAGCUGUAUUUUAUCUGGAUGUGUGAAGCAGAGUUAGGAUAAAUUUUGAGUUCAUUUAUCCUCAUUUAGCGUUAAAAAAGUACAAUAAACAUUAUUAUUUUCAUUGAUACACUUUAUCAUUGUUAAUGUAAAAACAUCCUUUUUGCUAUAAUCAAAGAGAAAAUCAAAAAUUAAUUGAUAAAUUCAGUGAAAAAUCCAUUUUCAAGAAUAAAAUGAUUUU